AUGACAAAGUAUGAGUACACUCUCAAGCAAUACGCAACCAAUGCACGUCGUCACCCCACCCCAUACCAAAAACUGUGUCUUAUUCAGGAGAUGGUCUCAGCCAUGUGCGCUAUCCAUCAGGCUGGUUUAGCGCAUCGGGAUCUGAGCGAAGUCAAUAUCAUGGUGAAUGAAGACCCUAAUAACUUGCUAGAGGACGGUUCCCCUCGACCUCAUGUAAAAGUGAUUGACUUUGGAAAAUCUGUCUUUGUGGAUCGGGAUGAAGUCCAGCGUUGGAGUAUGCAAGAACAUAUCCCAGAAGAUGAAUUGGCACUGCUUCCCUUUGUGGUCCUUCCUCCAGACCAUGGCUAUAAACUGUAUAGAUCUAUCUUGACGCUUCCCCGAACUAAGAAUGAUCACACGCCGUUACCUCCUGUAGACCCUAGGUCCGAGGACGUGUACUCACUAGGCGUAUUGAUAUGGAGGACAUUCAGUGGCAAGUCACCGUGGAAUGGUGCGAUUGAAGAUGAUCUAAAGACGAUUCGUUAUUUGGUGUCGACUGACUCUCAAAUCAAGUUUCAGCUGGAGCGAGAGAUUACAGGGCCCGUCUCCCGUGAAUUGUUGCUACGCUGUCUGACAGCCCAAGCCGAUACUCGAUACACGACGCAACAGCUCAAAGAAUGGCUGGAUCAGCCCAGUGUUGCUGCAGAAUUACUAAAGGAAUUUGAGGCGCUG